GCUAAAAUUUGGGGGGGAACGGCUUUCGCCCUGGAGCGGUGCGCGAUGCUCUCUCACGCCGACCUCCUGGACGCCCGGCUCGGGAUGAAGGACGCCGCCGAGCUGCUGGGCCACCGGGAGGCGGUGAAGUGCCGCCUGGGCGUCGGAGGGGCCGAGCCCGGAGGGGGCCACCCGGGAGACCUGGCCCCCAACUCGGACCCGGUGGAAGGGGCCACCCUGCUGCCCGGGGAGGACAUCGCCGCCGUCGGAUCCACGCCCGGCGCCCUGGUCGCCGCCGCAGCCGCCAAGGACCCGGAGAAGGGCCCCCCUGGAGCCCCCGGGGGCCAGGGCGCCGGAGGACAGGCCCAGGGGGGGCAGCAGGGCGGGCAGCAGAAGCAGAAGCGCCACCGCACCCGCUUCACCCCGGCGCAGCUCAACGAGCUCGAGCGCAGCUUCGCCAAGACCCACUACCCGGACAUCUUCAUGCGCGAGGAGCUGGCCCUCCGCAUCGGACUCACCGAGUCCCGCGUCCAGGUGUGGUUCCAGAACCGCCGCGCCAAGUGGAAGAAGCGCAAGAAGACGACGAACGUGUUCCGCGCCCCGGGGACCCUGCUCCCGACGCCGGGGCUGCCCCAGUUCCCCUCGGCCGCCGCCGCCGCCGCGGCCGCCAUGGGCGACAGCCUGUGCUCCUUCCACGCCAACGACACCCGCUGGGCGGCGGCCGCCAUGCCGGGCGUGUCGCAGCUGCCCCUGCCGCCGGCGCUGGGAAGGCAGCAGGCCAUGGCCCAGUCGCUCUCGCAGUGCAGCCUGGCCGCCGGCCCGCCGCCCAACUCCAUGGGCCUCUCCAACAGCCUCGGCGGCACCAACGGCGCCGGCCUCCAGUCCCACCUCUACCAGCCCGCCUUCCCCGGCAUGGUGCCCGCCUCCCUGCAGGGGCCCAGCAACGUCACGGGGUCCCCGCAGCUCUGCAGCUCCCCGGACAGCAGCGACGUGUGGCGGGGAACCAGCAUCGCCUCCCUCCGCCGAAAGGCGCUAGAGCACACAGUCUCCAUGAGCUUCACCUAAUGGCGCCCCAAGAACAACGACGACGACGACGCCUCCGCCGCCUUCUUUCCCUCCCUCCCUCACGCUUUCCCGCCCUUUUCUUCCCCUCAGAGCCAGGCCUCCGCCGCCAUUUUGUAAAACCAACAACCACAACAACCCAACCCAAAAGGAGGGGUGGUGGUGAAGGUGGUUGAAGCAAAACAAAGAAUAAAACAGGGAGUCGAACUCAGGAUCUGGAAGCAGUGGACUGGAUUUUUUGUGGGCAAGAGAAAAACACAACACACACACACACACACUAUGAAGUCGAAGGCAUCUGUGGCCGGCAUCCAUAGUUUUUCUGGCUAUGUGGCCAUGUUCAAGCAAGUGCACAUAUAUACACAAUCGCAACUAUCUGACCCCCACAUCCGCCUUGUUUUUGCCCCUCAAGGGAUAGAGGAGUGUUUUUAGUGUUUACCAGCAAUAGCAAGUACAUUUGUAUAGUGCUUAGCAGUGCACUUAAGCGCUCCCUAAGUGGUUUACAAUGUGUAAGCUAAUAAUAAUAAAUGUAUUUAUAUUGCCACGGCCUACAUUUCAACCUUCUGUCCAGGAGGAGUUCCAAAACUUCC